GCAGUUGUGUCCUUGUGAUCUGACUGGACAAUGUAAUUUCCGGUCGUGGGAUUCACGAAUUCAAAUAAAUAAUAAAUAACAAAUAAUAAUAAUAAUUUAAAAAAGGAAAAAAAAAAUAGAAAAAAAAAAAAACUUGCGUAUGCCAUCGGGCGGCAGUUUAUGAAAUUGCCCGCCACCAAUUCCAUUCUUCUUUCUCCUUCCUUCCUCCAUUCCUUCCUUCCUUCCAUGGCUAUGGCUUCCUCUUCCAAACACUAGCUCCGGCUACUUCCACUUCACACACACACACACACACACGCAUUCCUUCCAAUAUCACCCAUCAUUCUGACUUUCUCUAUAUGUUCUUUCUUUUCCCCUUAUCGAUCAUCGCUAUUUGAUGUUUCGCCCCACUUUUGAACCGAAUGUCCGCAGGUUUUUCUCGCGGACAGCGGAGAGAUUCGAGGUGAUAGAAUGUUGUAGAAAUAUUUAUUGUUUGUUGUUCUGUUUUGGUUGCGUGUUUCUGUGAAGAACAAAAAGAAAAUUCCUGCUUCAUUCGUCGUUUAUCAUAAGAGAGAAACGGGCGAGCGACGUUCAAUAUCCAUGGAGAAAGAGAUGGAGACGGAUGAAGAAAUGGAAGAGGUUACUGACAAGCCAUUUGUUUGGGAGGAGAUUGAUUUGGAUUACGAGUUUGAUGUGGCUAUGUAUUAUGAUUUCACUCGUCCCGAGACAGAGAAGGAGAUUAGGGAAGCCGAGGAUUGGUUUAAAUUUGCUGGAACCUAUCCACCUUCUCCAUUCGUCGUAAAACUGAAUGGGGAAGAAGAGGUUGGAGCGGAGUGCACCUCUAUGGAACUCAAGGAUGUCCAGAAUAACUGGGAUGACCAUGAAAAUUCUGAGAUUAAUGAGAAUGAUCCAGGAGUUAAUUUGAAGUCUACUGUCAAGGUAAAUCUACCAAGGUGUUCAACUUUUAUGAAACCAACUGCAAGCUAUUUGGCCAAGCAAAAUCAACCCCGAGGAGUACAUUCCAACACGGUUCUGCGAAGAUUUCAGUUCAGCUUGAGCAAUAGUAUAGAGACCAGUUCUCAGCGCUCUUCAUUGAAUGUUAGUCAUGCUACCAAAAGGCAAAAGUUGGAGGCUGGUUAUUUUUCCAAUAUCCCAUGUUUGAUACGUCAAACAAGUUUACUACGCAAGGUAUCUAAAAAGGUUGCUUCAGAAGUUAAUCUACCUGUUACUAGAAUUAGACCUACCAUACCUAAAGAGCCCAACCUGGAGACAGCAAGUAGGGCACAAAGAUGCAGGUCUAAAAUCAACGCAACAGCAAUUGAAAAUGAUAAACUGAAUGCUUCUAACUUUAAAGCACGCCCGCUGAACCGAAAAAUCCUUGAGGCUCCUACUUUGCUCCCACCAAAGAAGAGCAUUCCACAAAUGCCUGAAUUUCAAGUGUUUCAUCUGAAGACAUCAGAGAGGGCCGCCCAGCACACAUAUGAUGUAAGUAAUCCUUAUGUAUCUAAUUCACGAAGUGAAAACAACUGCACAAGAAGACCAAAUCCUCUCCAUGAUAUGAAACAAGAGAAAUGUGUAAAAGCUGAAAAAUUUAAAGCUCGGCCACUUGAUAAGAUACAGAUACUCUCAAAUAAUGAAGAAUGUGAUGUCUUUGUGGAUUGUAAGAAUGGAACAACUGACUCCAGGGAAUUCAACAGUCUAGAUCAAAAGAGAUGUUCAGAUGAGCUACCAACUAAGUUCCUUAGCCAGCUCACCCUUUCAUCGGAUUGUAAUCAAUGCAGUACAAAAUUUCAUUGCAAAAUGCAUUUGCCGAACAACGUCAUUGAUAUACAUUUGCCAAAUUCACGGUGGCUUUUUGCAAAGUGAGACCAAAACCUUGAGAUCACACUAACAGUUGCUUCAUUCUUUCACUCCACCCAAUGUACUCACAGAUGUUCCAGUUGUGGCAACAUAUGACAUGAGGAUUAGCAUUUUUUUUUUUUAUAGAUUAUUUAAUCCCCAAAUGAUAGGCUCUUGUCCAUGGUUGAGGU